AUGAGUUAUCGUGGACGGGGUAGAGGCGGUUUCCACAACCAGAAUAACUUCAACAACAGAAACAACAACAAUAACCAAAACAAUGGUGCGUUUGGCAAUCCUCAAAACCACCAGAACCAGGCUGAACAGUUCGCAGCGCAGAACUCGGUACCCAUAGAGAUUGUAGGUUGGAACGGGGCCAGUCCCGCCGAAUGUAUCAGUUUCAUUUCGAGAAAGUGCCGUGUAGCAGUUUCCAACUACAAUGUGGAUCCAGGCUCUGGAAUUCUCAAGGGAUACGUUAAAAAUCAAAACGAUGCUGCGACGUUGAUGAACUGGAAUGGUGUGAAAUUCGCAGGUCAAUCGUUAAAAUUCUCAAAAGUAAAUGUAGGUUCACAGGUACAGAGUGCCACGACUUCCAAUGCCAUUGAAGUCAUCACCAAUUUCUUGAAGUCACGCUACCAGCCAGAUAUCAAGUUGCUCAACUUGACUAACGUCAAACUGGACCCAAACCUCAGCGCUCAAGGAUUCUUUGGCUCAAUAUCCACAUCGUCUAAAUUCUUCCCUGCUUUGAUGAAGGUAGCAGAGGACAAUAAGUUGGAUGUUCUCAGCGUGGAUUUGUCUGCUAAUGAGUUGUCUGAUCUUUCUAGUAUUUCCACGUUGGCUCAUACAUUCCCUCAAUUGCAAAACCUAAGUCUCAUGAACAAUAACUUCAACAAGUUGAAAGUGUUUGAAACGUGGAGACACAAGUUGAAUUUUCUUAGAGAGUUGAUCUUGGGUGGCAAUCCUCUCUUAGCCAACCAAACAAACCCAGCAGAAAUCAACAAGAUCAAGCUCGAGCUAAUGAAGUCUUUCCCCCGUCUCGUAGUGUUAGACGGAGAAAUACUAAGAAACGAGCAAUUGUUGUCCACAACAUUGUCGUUGCCCUUUACUGGAUCCACGUCAAUGUUCUUCCAGGAUGAAGAGAUCCGUAACAUGUCAACAAACUUCAUAUCUAACUACUUGAAGUUAUGGGAUGGCAAUAGAGGAGAUCUCAUGAUUCUCUACCAGAGCGAAUCACAGUUCUCCAUACAAGUAGACUCUUCGCACCCAUAUCUUCUCGACACAACAACAACCACUCUGUACUCCAACGGUGGGACAGACUUCGGUAACUACUUGUCAAACUCGAGAAACUUGACCAGAGUCUCCUCUAUCAAAUCCAGAAUAAGCAGAGUAGCCAUUGGUCAAGAACAAAUAUUCAAGGCUUUCAACCAACUCCCCAAAACUCGUCACGAUUUAAUGACUAACCCAGACUUGUUCAGCAUGGAGUGUUUCCGUUUCCCGUUGUUGAACGGAAUCAUGAUUGUGAUCCACGGCAGUUUUGAAGAAACAGCACAACCGGAAACGGACCCCAACGCCAACAAUGCACAAAAUGGUCCUAGAGGCCGUUUCAACCAUCCAAAGCACAAAAAGCCUGCUUUGAGCAAGAAGAGCUUUGAUAGAACAUUCGUUGUGAUUCCUGGCCCCAAUGGGUCAAUGAUCGUAGCCAGUGAUUUGCUUUCCAUAAGACCACAUGCCGGAAAGGAUGCCUGGAAUACUGUAGCUAAAGUGCCUGCUGCAGCCAUUGCAUCUGGAACAGCUUCACCAGCACCUGUAGCUCCCGUAGGUGUUCCUCAGCGAGUCCCUACACCUGCAGAUUUACCCCAGGAUAUCAAGGCUAACCUCAACCCUCUUCAACAAGAGCUUCUUGUCAAGAUUCUUGUCGAAACCAAAUUGAACAUGCAAUACAGCAUUAUGCUUUGCGAACAGAGCAACUGGGACUACCAGCAAUGUACCAUAAAUUUCAAAAACUCAGCAGCCACACUUCCCAGAGAAGCGUUUGCUGCUUGAGUAGCAAAAAUGAAGAUAUUUAGAGUAAAUAGGACUAUCUAUUCAUUGACAAAAAUAUAUACAUCUACUGUGGAUCACGAAAGAGUGAUCCUGUUACAACGUUU